AUAAAUAAACCACUCUUUUUACACAAAUUAUAAAACUUUAUUUUAUGCAUAAUAAUAAAAAUUAAUUAAAUCGUGCAACGCACGAGUCUAAUCUAGUUGAACACUUAUAUUUAAAAAAAAAUAAAAAAAAAUCUAAUUUCCCCAAUUGCAAUAUAUAUUUCUUUAAUAGAAUUAAAAUUUUCAAAACACAAGUGAAAAAAUGAUACUUGUUAUUUGAAUUAAAAAAUUCGUCAAAAAAAAAAUUGCUUAAUUAUAGUGUUUAGGCUGGGUACAACUGUACAAAUUGCUUCAACGGAUACAAUUAUACAAAUAUCAUCAACGGUAAAAAAAAAACCGCGUAAUUAAACCGCCAAACGUAUUACGCGGUUUAUUGCGUAUAAACCUAUUAUUGUGCCGUUAUACCGCACUCACUCCCGCUCUCUCUCUCUCUUAGUUUCCCGUUGUAGCUCACUCAACGUUCUUCCUCUCCAUUGAAGCGAACUUAAGGUUCUCCAUUGAAGCAAACUCAACGUUUUCCAUUGAAGCAAACUCCACGUUCUCCAUUAAACAGCCUUCUGUUAAUUUCAAUACUCCAUUUGAAGCAGCUUCUGAGAACCCUUUAAUAUUUGGGUUGAACUAUGAAAGACCACUUCUCUCAGGGCUCAGGACAGCGGCAACCUGUUAAUGAUUCUGGGUCUGCUUCCCUAGAAAGAGCGGAAUCAGCAAAUCAGCCUACUGGCAUUAGAACAUAUCGCUCUCAGGGAAGAAGCUCUGUGCCCAAUGUAGCUUCCAGACGCCGUGGGUCUACUUCCCUAGAAAGUGCGGAAUCAGCAAACCGACCGACAUGCAUUAGAACAUAUCGCUCUCAGGGAAGAAGCUCUGUGCCCAAUGUAGCUUCCAUGCCGUGAUCUUCCUCAUUUAAGGACUCUACCAGUAGAUGAAGUUGCGAUUUUGGAAUUCCCCAACGUUUAUGAAGUAGACUACGAUGUCGAGAGAAACAGUAAUUAUCAUAGGGAUAUGCAAUUGGAUAUUGAUGACAUGCCCUAUGCGGUGAGUUAUCCUCCUUUUCUGGCAGCUCCAGGUACUGUUCCAACAAGUGAUGGUAUGCUUCAUAAUUUUUUGCCAAUAUUCCAAGAAAGUGCAGAGCCAACAAACUGGCCAACAGGCAUUAGAACACAUCGCUCUCAAGGAAUAAGCCUUGUGCCUGCUGUAGCUGUCAGGCGCCCUGAUCUUCCUCGUUUAAGGACUCUUCCAGUAGAUGGAGUUGCGCUUUUGGAAUUUCCAAACCUAUAUGAAGUAGACUACAAUGUUGAGAGCAUCAGUGAUAAUCAGAGGAAUAUGCGUUUGGAUAUUGACAACAUGUCCUAUGUGGAGCUUCUUGCUUUGAGUGAACGUAUUGGGACAGUUUGUAUUGGGUUGACAGAGAAAGACAUCAGAUGCCAUCUGAAAACCAGAAGAUAUAAGAAAUCUACUGCAGCUACUAUCAAUUCAGAGGAGUUGUCAUGUAGCGAUCAAAACAACGAUUUAUGCAUCAUAUGUCAGGAUGAAUAUGAAGAUAAUGAGCAGCUGGGAACCCUAGAGUGUGGACAUGAAUACCAUGUAGAUUGUUUGAAGAAGUGGUUGCUCUUGAAGAACGUGUGCCCGAUUUGUAAAUCAACUGCCUUGGUUCUGGAUCGUUAGGAUAUUGUUGAUGAUGUUAAUAAAACCCUAAGUAGUUGUAAUCAUGUUUAUGGUAUUAAAUUGUUGAUUGAAGUUCCAAUAGUUGAUGUAGAUUUAAAUUGAUUGUGUCUGUUUCUUUGUGUAUGUGUUGUUUGUUUGGUUCUUAUGGCACGAGUGAUGCUGUUGUUUUAAGGUUUCAAUAUAAGGGUGAGGAUGUUGACUUGGUAGUAGAGGAUAUUGACAAAGUAAUGAUUAUUGACUAUUGGGAUAAGGCAAUUGAGAGAAGAAACCACAGCUUAGAAAUCCCACCUUUAUUUGCAUAUAUGUGCACAAGAUGAAACAUUGCCAUUUAAAUAAUGAUAAGGAUUGAUGAUAAUGUUUAGCAAUUUGCUAGGAAAAGAUUUGAUAUACAUAUGGGUGGGAGAAGUUGAGUCAGAAACUGAAUCAGUGAAGACUGCUAGCUUAGGGGUUUGAAGGCAAGUAGGAUAGCAACUGAUUUGAAAAAUACGGUGGGACAUUGUUAAGUCAUCAAGAUCAGGACCGUCUUAACCAUGUUUGGGGCCUUGUGUUAAUUUAAAAUAUGGGCCCUUCGAAUUUCAACAUCUUAACUUAACAAUUUUUCUUUCUCUUAUUCUCAAUCCUUUUUUUAAAAAAAUUAUAAAUCUCAAGGUUUAUUUAUCUAAGUAUAUAAUUUUAUUCUUUUUUGUAAAAAAAAUAACUAAAAUUAUGAUACAACACUUCAAUCAUUAAAGACAAUCUUGAUGGCAGAUGAUUAAAGCAAUAGAGUUUCAACUAAAAAAAAAAAAAAUAUUUAGAGCAUACUACUUUUACCAAAUUUGAACCUUACAAUGAAGAUACAUAACUAAUUAUUCUGAUUUUUAUGCAAAAUUGCAACCUUGCAUAUAGAUGAUUAUAUAAACAUCUUCCUUCUUCAAAAAAAAAAAAAAAAAAAA